CUAAAACCCUAAACCCUAAAAUAGCAGAAGCCUCCUCUUUCGCAAACCCCCGUUUUCAUUUCAAACCCUCAAAGACCUCAAUCUCACUCAACAAAAAUGGCACUCGCUAACACAAUCCGGAGGACAGCUUCACGCGUUGUACCUUUGGCCAUCCGGGCUUCAUCUGGAAGUCAAAGGUACCACCACUGCUCUGCCCUCUUUAACGCUGUGAAAACCCACGGCGAUCUUUCGCGGAAGUUGUUCCCGAGAUCGUUUUCGGUUUCCGUUCAUCACUAUUCCACUAAAAGGCCGAGUUCCGAUGAGUCACUCCUCCGAGUCAUCGAGUCCGAGAUUCAGUGUGCCCAGGAGUCCGAGGAUAAUGACGAGGUUGUGGAGGUGCCCAAGGGUUUUCCUUUUGCAAUUGAAGACCAUCCUGGACAACAAACCAUAACUCUAACUAGAGAGUAUCAGGGUGAAACUAUCAGUGUAGAAGUUCACAUGCCUGACCUUGUAACUGGUGAGGAGAACGAUGAUGACAACGACAAUAACGAUGAAGAAAGAGGCCCUCAAUCGAGUAUACCUCUUGUCGUCAGAGUUUCCAAGAAGAAUGGACCUUGUUUAGAGUUUGGAUGUACAGCUUACCCUGAUGAGAUUGCAAUCGACAGCUUGUCUGUCAAGGGCCCCGACAGCUCGGAAGAUCAAAUAGCAUAUGAAGGACCUGAUUUCACGGACUUGGAUGAAAAUCUGCAGAAGGCUUUUCACAAGUAUCUAGAGAUAAGAGGAAUCAAGCCCAGCACAACCAAUUUCUUGCAUGAGUACAUGAUUGGCAAAGACAGCAAAGAAUACGUAACUUGGCUAAAGAACCUCAAAAAGUUCGUCGAGGCGUGAACAGCAAACAUUUAGACAAUUUUGGUGCAACUGUUUUCAUAAACUAGUUUAAUUAUGUUAUCUACUAUUUAUAUGAUUCUGCAUUCGGAGAACUUUAUUCAUUUGCCUGAAUGAUUUGGCAAUGCUCGUCUGUUCUGUAAUACCCAAUACAUUGAUGUUAGUAGCUAAAGAGCAUUUAGGUGCAGUUUGCUAUACGGAUUCAUUGUCAUGUUUUGGAUGGUGGAUUCGUAAAAUAUCUAUUUCCAAGUUGAUUACCA